UCUAGAUAGACUGAAUCAAUUCCUGUUACAUUACCUGUUAGACUUUCAGUGCGAUUGUGACAACAAAAUAUAAUGGAGGAACUUGACAAGAGUCAGAUCCAGCUUCUGCAAAAUGCCUUCGAUGCUUUCGAUCAUGAAAAGAAGGGAGUUAUCAGCACAGACAUGAUUGGCACGAUCCUGGAAAUGUUAGGUCAUGAAUUGGAUGAAGAUACCCUGAAAGAAAUUAUCACUGAAGUUGACGUCAACGGAACCGGUGAACUACAGUUCUCAGAUUUCUGCGCAUUAGCUGCUAAAUUCUUACAAGAGGAGGAAGACGAUGAAGCUAUGCUGAAGGAGUUGAGAGAAGCUUUUAGGUUAUACGACAAAGAAGGAAACGGCUACAUCACUACAGAAGUGUUAAAAGAAAUCUUCAAGGAGUUGGACAACACCAUUACAGCUGAAGACUUGGACACCAUGAUUGAUGAGAUUGAUUCUGAUGGAUCAGGAACUGUGGACUUUGAUGAAUUCCUUGAAGUAAUGACAGGAGAAUAAAUGCAACAUCAUCAGAAUUAUAGGAUAAUAUUUAUAAAAUUGUAAAUAAAAAGUACCUAAUUAUUAAUAGUUAUAAGUAAACUAGAUAAGACAACGACGGAACACUGUUAUAAAUGCUUUUGCUAUGAAAAGAAACUAUUAUUUCAUUACCAAAGGCUUGCUAUGUGUUUCGAAAACCAAAGAUCAAUUUUAACUAAAUAAGAUAAAUAGCUGCGCGCAGUAUUUUUAUUAAAAGCAAGUAUUAACAAAAA